AUGUCGUUAUCCCGCUAUCGCAAGGCCCCACACUCACUCAGCCCCGAACAGGCAGCAGCCGCAUCGCAGUACUGGACGGCUGCACGUAGACUCGCUGCCUACCCUGCAGGUCGCCUUCCCGACGUCAACAGCCUACCAGUUAUUGACCGAUAUGAUUGGCCAGCCCCUCCUUCGCCUGCUGUCGUCAUGAUCGACAAACGUAUGUUGACCGAAUACCCUCGUUAUAGAAGUUCCAGAUCUGCUUCAUAG